AAUAAAAAAGCACAAAAAUUGAAGUACAAAAAUAACGACAGAAACAAAGAGCCAGCCCAGCCGUAGAAGAUAACAACUGUAAUUGCAACUGCACAACAGAGCUAUCAGGACAACAACAAAGUAAUACAAAAUACAUAAAUUUCUAAUACCACCCACCACCCGCACCCCCCCGCCACUCCCCAGAAGAAGGAAGGGCGAACCACUCCUGGCCGCGCCACUCCACUCCAAAUCCCCCACUGGAGGCGAGACAGAGCGGGACAGCGACAGAGACAGACAGUCUUGUCAAUCCAGGGAAGGAGAGAGAGAGAGGGGGCAGUGCCAUCGAAAUAAACAAACCGCACAGACAGAGCGCGCGCAAGAGUGAGCGGGUGGAGAAAGCUUGCAGCGAACACACACAGCAGAGUGAGAGCAGAGCAGAGCAGAGGAAGAGCGAGAGCGAGCUUUUGCUUUCGAACGCUCGCUUCAUGCAGAAGACGAAGAAACAGCGCAAAAUAUCUGGAGAACAUGGAGGGGACGAGCCGCAGCAGAAGCUCCACCAGUCAAAGUCAGGACGUUGAAGAUCUCGAGCAAGACAUUCCCUACUUUGACGAGCCGCAAGCAGUGGCUGUUCCGCGAACUGGUUCCGCGAGUGGAGCGGCAAGCAGAACUGAUUUCGGAACUGAGAGCGGAGCUGGCUCCGUCUUUGCCAGCGAUCUGCUCUCGCUGAGUAAACCCGAUGGCAGCCUGGCCGAAUACGACGAUCCAAGCCCCAUUGACUGGGAUCCCGACGCAGAUGCGGAGCCUGAACUAGCUGCUGAAAAGCAACUAGAACUGCAACUGGAACUGCAAGCGAAAAGAGCGAGCCCGGAUGACGGGGAUGACGAUGGCAGCAACGAGCUGGACGAUAGCUAUCCGGACGAGAACGAGAGCUCCGUGCUGGGCUCCGACUACGGGGCAAGCGGCAGCGGGAGCGCCGCCAACAGCUACUACCAGUCGCCGACGCCCUCCAACUGCGAACUGAUGCUGCGUCCGCCAUCGAGCUCGGUGUACCAUCAUUUCAACUACCGAUCGCCGGGCAGUCCAGUGCCCCCCGGCAUGGGAGUGCCUGCAGGUGCCCCUGGCGGCUCGCCGGCGGGCUCCAGCUCGAACGGUGGCGGCCGCCUGCAGCACCCUUAUGCACAUUCCCCAGCGGCACCCACCUCGCCCAACUUCUAUCCGAAUAUGUGGUAUCCGAAUUCGCUGUACAGCUCCCGCGGAGCGGCAGGAGCUGCUGGAGGUGCUGGCCGCUAUGGCGGCUACGGACCGCAGACGGGUGGCAACGGGACCGCAACGGGUACAGGACCAGGACCAGUACCAGGACCAGGCUCCUUUGGCGCUCAUACGACGCAUCUGCAUCCGCUGCAUCAUCAGUAUCCACACAUGCCAGCGCCGCAUCCACACCAGCACCCGCACCCGCACCACCAUCCGCAGCAUCAGCAUCCGCAUCAACAUCCACACCCGCAUCCGCACGAGACCAUGAUGGAGAUGUUCCAGCUAUCAAAUAGCGGUCGAGAGGCACGCAACCGCGCGGAGAAGAAUCGCCGCGACAAACUCAAUGGCUCAAUCCAAGAGCUCUCCACGAUGGUGCCUCAUGUGGCAGAGUCGCCGAGACGUGUGGACAAGACGGCCGUGCUGCGCUUUGCUGCCCAUGGACUGCGGCUGAAGCAUGCCUUCGGCAAGACGUUACAGCACCAGCGGCCACAGAUCACAGACACCCUGAUGGGCAUGCUGGACAGCUUCUUCCUUACCGUCACCUGCCAUGGACAUAUACUGCUGAUCUCGUCGAGCAUCGAGCAGCAUCUGGGUCACUGUCAGACGGAUCUGUAUGGGCAGAGCAUCAUGCAGAUCACCCAUCCAGAGGACCAGAAUAUGCUCAAACAGCAGCUGAUACCCACAGAGCUGGAGAAUCUCUUCGAUGUGCACGCCACAGACUCGGAAGCAGACGGAGAGCCGCGAUUGCGCAGCAAGUCCGAGGAGGAUUACAUCGAUUGCAAGCUGCGCGAGGAUAGGCGCAGUUUUCGUGUGCGAUUGGCUCGUGCGGGGCCUCGGUCGGAGCCCACAGCCUAUGAGGUGGUGAAGAUCGAUGGCUGCUUUCGCCGUAGCGAUGAUGCGCCUCGAGGCGUACGCUCCAGUACCUUCAGCUCGAGCCUGCAGCUGAUACGUAGGACGCGAGGUCGGGACGAUGUCAUUCCUCUGCACACGAUCAGCGGCAAUGAUAUUGUACUGACUGCCUGUGCUCGGAUCAUCCGUCCGCCGAAGAUCGCCAGCCGCUUGAUCGAUGCCAAUACGCUGGAGUAUCGCACUCGCCACCUGAUAGAUGGACGAAUCAUCGACUGCGAUCAGCGAAUCGGCAUUGUGGCCGGCUACAUGACAGACGAGGUGCGCAAUCUGAGUCCCUUCACCUUCAUGCACAACGAUGACGUGCGCUGGGUGAUCGUGGCCCUAAGACAGAUGUACGACUGUAACAGCUCGUAUGGUGAGUCGACGUAUCGUCUGUUCACUCGGAAUGGCAACAUCAUUUACCUGCAGUCCAAGGGUUACCUGGAGAUCGACAAGGAGACCAACAAGGUGCACUCGUUUGUCUGUGUCAACACAUUGCUGGACGACGAGGAGGGCAAGCGGCGCGUUCAGGAGAUGAAGAAGAAGUUUUCGGUGAUUAUCAACACGCAGAUUCCUCAGUCCACCAUCGAUGUGCCCGCCUCCGAGCAUCCAGCGCUGCUGGAGAAGGCCGUCCUGCGGCUUAUACAAAAUUUGCAAAAAUCCAACGAGGAUCCGUCUCAGCUGGUGGGCGAGGAGGAUGAUGACGAUGAUGAGGAGGACGACGAGGAAGACGAUGAUGAAGAUGAUGGCGGUCGCAGCGUGUCAGAGUCUGGUGAUUCCUAUCAGCAGCAUCAUCACCAUCAUGGGCGAACGCAUCACAGCUCCUCCUCCUUUCUGGGUCACUCAUCGGCUUUGUUGGAGGCCCGCCAUGGCCAGGGCAGCUCCAAGACGCCGCCUUUGGCACUGGUGCCGCCCGAAGCUGCCUCCGUGAAGUCCUCAAUAUCAAAGAGCAUCAGCGUGGUGAAUGUCACAGCAGCCAAGCAUCUGCGCGGCGUUCAAAGUUCGGCCGUAAAGUCACCCAACAGCUCCCAGGCAGAAUGCAGCUGCCAUGGCGGCGCACAAUGCGAGGUGUGCCAGGUGCCAGGUGCUCCACUGAAGCGAAGCAGCAGCUCCGGCUCGCCGGAACAGGAGGAUGUUAGAGCGCCAAAGCGUCGCUUUAUGCCCAGUACAGAGAUCGAACAUGUGCUGAACACGUCGCUGGAUCACAUUGGACGCAAGUUGUCGCAGCAGCUGAAUGUGGCCAGAAAUCUGCGGGAUCAGGGCAAUCGAUACGAGCUGCCGCAUGCCAACCAGCGUUUCGAUGAGAUCAUGCAGGAGCAUCAAAAGCAAAGUGAAUUAUUUGUGAACAUCAAAAGCGAGUACGAGGUGCAGCUGCAGCACAAGGCCAGCAGCAAUGUCAGCACAACUAAGAAUUCGGAUUCCGAGCCACACAGACAGAAUGAGGAUCCACGUGAGGAUCCAGACAGCAGGAUAGUUUAGGACAAAGACAGAGGAGAGCGUAGGAGGAUUGACUCUCGAACUGAAGAAGGGUUUCAUCGAUGAUGUGAUACAACUGUCUUGGCAUUGGCAGGCAAGCUCAACAACAAAUGAUGGAACAAAUCCAUAAAUUUAUUCUAGUUGGAAAGCAGCAAAAACCCCAACACUACACAGCACUAAACUGAACCCAUGAGUGAGCAUGAGCAUCUCCUCCCAGCAGUACAUACUUGUUUGUUUGUUGUUUUAACCCGUUAUGUACCAUGUAGAGUUAGAGUCUAGUGUUGGUAAACUUCAAAUUAAGAGCCGCACACCGAGACGAGGUGCUGGAAAGGAUAAAACAAUUAUUAGUUUAGUCUAAAUCGGAAUAUAAUUAAAUUAAAUAUUAAAUACUAAAUAUAUAUAUAUACAAAAAUAUAUAUGUAUACCUAUGUACCAUAAAUUAUGCAUGUUGCAGCAUGUGCAUAACCAAAACUAAACGUGAUAAAAGACUGUUACCAACUACAUACAUACAUAUGUACAUAGUUACAUACAAACAUACAUAAAUGCAUAACUCUAUACAACACUAAAAUGUUAAUGUAUGUACAACCAAACACACACACACAUACACACAUGUGUGUUUUAUGGCUUAGUUAAACUAAAUUUACUGUACGAACAUUUUUGAUAGAUGUUUAAUGUUGCUAGGCUCUAAGUGUAAUACGGAAUUGGAUUCCGUUUCCAAUGCCCCAGACCCCGCAGAAUUGAAUCUGUAAGUUAGAGAAUGAUAUUGGCAGAAACACAUACAAAAUGGGAAGCGAUAAAAUGAUGGCGAAAACUAUUAAGAGAACUAUGUUAAAUGUUUGUUAUGCAUUUGUUUUUUUUUUUUAUCCAAAUUAAUAUUAAAAGAGUGUAUUAGAGAAUAAACUUGUGUACCUAUAAACAAAACCCCUGAAA